AGCAGCAGCAGCAGCAGCAAUCACCAUUUACCACCUUAUUCCUUAGCAUUACUUCUCCUUAUCUCUAGACCAUAAGAAUUCUUGUCUUCUAAAAAUAUAUAUAAUUUUUGUCUUUUAAAUUUAUUUUUAAUUUUCACACCACUUAUUUACUGGUUUUAAGACUGUUCAGUUUCCAGGAUGACAAUCAAACAUCAAGGCCAGCAGUACAGGCCAAGAAUGGCAUUCCUCAAAAAGAUUGAAGCACUGGUGAAGGAGAUGCAAAAUCCAGAAUCAGGAAUCAAAAUGCAAAACCAGAGGGUCAUGAUCACUAAUAUCCCUCAUGCAAUGACAGGAAAUGAUAUCUUACAAUGGAUUGCCCAGAAGCUUUGGAUUGACAACCCAGAGGCGCAGAAUUUGGGGAAUUUCGUUGUCAAGUAUGGCUACAUUUACCCCCUGCAGGACCCCAAGAAUCUCAUCCUCAAACCUGAUAACAACAGUCUUUAUCGAUUUCAGACACCUUAUUUCUGGCCCACUCAGCAGUGGUCAGCUGAAGAUACGGACUAUGCUAUCUAUUUAGCCAAGAGAAAUAUCAAGAAGAAAGGAAUUUUAGAAGAAUACGAAAAGGAAAAUUACAACUUUUUGAACAAAAAGAUUAAUCAUAAAUGGGACUUUGUCAUCAUGCAGGCCAAAGAACAGUACAAAACUGAGAAAGAAAGAAAGAAAGUGGACAGGUAUACCUUGGAUUGUCAAGAAAAAGCUUAUUGGCUGGUCCACCGAUGUCCUCCAGGAACAGACAACGUCCUUGACUAUGGCUUAAAUCGAGUGACCAAUCCAAAUGAAGUUCAGAAAAAAACAAUUAGCUUGAUCAGAAAAGAGAUCAUGUACUACCAACAGGCUUUAAUGAGAACUACAGUGAAAUCAUCAGUCUCUCUUGGAGGAAUUGUGAAAUACAGUGAACAGUUCUUUUCCAAUGAUCCUAUCAUAUCAGGAUGUCUCCCUAGCAAUCCUUGGAUAACAGAUGAUAUCCAGUUCUGGGAACUAAAUGCCAAAUUGGUAGACAUCCCAACCAAAAUGAGAGUGGAACGAUGGGCCUUUAAUUUCAAUGAACUGAUCCGAGAUCCCAAGGGGCGACAGAGCUUCCAGUUAUUUCUGAAGAAAGAAUUCAGUGGGGAGAAUCUGGGAUUCUGGGAAGCUUGUGAAGAUUUGAAAUAUGGAGAUCAGUCCAAGGUCAAAGACAAGGCCGAAGAAAUUUACAAGCUUUUUCUGGCUCCAGGAGCAAGGCGGUGGAUUAAUAUAGAUGGCAAGACCAUGGACAUCACAGUCAAAGGACUGAAACACCCUCAUCGCUAUGUUCUUGAUGCUGCUCAAACUCAUAUCUAUAUGCUUAUGAAAAAGGAUUCUUAUGCUCGGUACUUAAAGUCUCCAAUUUACAAGGAAAUGCUGGCCAAAGCCAUUGAACCUCAGGGGACAGCCAACAGAAGAAGCAGUCUCCCAUUUAGGCGGCGGCGUCUUCGGUCCAGCCUAAGCCCUGUCAUCGUUCGGCAGCUGGAGGAAGAGGCUAAAGCUCGAGAAGCAGCCACCACGGUGGACAUCACCCAGGUCAUGAGCAAACUGGACCGGAGGAGCCAACUCAAAAAGGAAAUUCCUCCUAAAUAAACUAAGAGGGGCCGGCAUGGAGGAGAAAAAUCCAAGGAAAGGGAUCUUCAGUGGGGAGGGGAAGCUAAAAAAAAAAAAAAAAAAGCCACCAAACUGAAAUCCCUUGCACACAUUGUUCUAUUUCCUAUCCUCAAUGGACUCUCUUCCUUUCCAGGUUCUUCUCUCAUUGAUUGAAGACCACCACUAGUAUCAGUCAUUAGGGCAACCAAAGCUAAUUUCCCCAUCUUAUUGCAUAAAGUAGCAAAAAUAGAGGAUGAAAAGCUUGGGGAUGGGGGAGACACCUGACUCACAAUCACCAUAUCACAGUUUAUAUUAAAUUCUGAAAUAUGAGAACUAAGAGAAAUAGGUUACUUGGAGUAGCAUUUCUUUCUUUUUUUUAAAUUAACAUUUCAUUUUCCCCUAGUUACAUGUAAAACAAUUUUUAAUAUAUAUUUUUAAAUUUGUGUUCCAGAUUUUGAGUAAUAUUUCAAUUAUAAAAGCAUAGAUGUGGAAUCAUCUCUUCUUUAAAGCUUAGUUAACUUAGGAACAUCAGUUAAAAAUUAAAUCUGAAAUGUCCCUCACUCUUGCUAUCAAUCCUUUAAUGCACUGCCUGAAUGAGCAGUUUAGGGACAAGGGUGGGGAUAGCUGAGGAGUUCAUCAGUGGCUUUCUUUUCUAUUCCCACAAAUUCAAGACUGUCCAAUACCUUCAUAUCUGGGUGAGCCAUUCCUUUUCCAUGCUGUUCUUAAUUCAUUUCAAUAAGCAUCCAUUAAAGGUUCACCAUGCAAAGGGGAGGGAGGGAGGAAGGGGAUAAGCAUUUAUAUAGCUCCUAUUAUGUGCUAGCCACAGUAUUAGAUGCUUUACAAAUGUUAUCUCAUUUGAUUCUCACAACCCUUCGAGUUUGGUGCUGCUAUUAUAUUCAUUUUAUAGUUGAAGAAACUAAGGGAAACAGGACAAGUGACUUGCUCAGGGUCACACAGCUAGGAAGUAUCUGAGGUUGAAUUUGAAUUCAGGACUCCAAGUCCAGUGCAUUAUCCACCAUGCCCCAUAACUGCCUAAUACACUAUUACAGUAAAUGCUGGGGGAUACAAAGACAGUUGCCCUCAGGAAUUUACAUUCUACUGGAUACAUUCUUAGGUUCAAAAUCGUCUAUAAUGGAUUAUUGGCAAAUUGUCUCCAAAACACAAUAGUUUAUAUAAAGUUUAUAUAAAUAUCCUCCCUCCUUUUCUGUAUUUAGCAGCAUCUUCUAGGCCAAUGAAUAAAGACAUAUUUUACUAUAUUGCCCAAAAAUAAGAGUUUCAGUAAUUCUUAUACUGGACCUUUCUCUAGAAUAAUAAUAUUCUGUGGGUCUAGACAUAUUGCAACCAGAAGAGUGACAAAUGGAAUUAACAUGUGCAAAAAUUAAGGAAAUAUCAUCUUUAAAGGUUUCUUAGUAAUUUAUACUGGGCAGAACUCUGCUAUGGCUCUGCUUAAGAUUUAGGUUGAUGUAUGACAUGAAAAAAGUAGGUUGACUGAAUGGAUCCUCUAAUUAGAAUUAGUGUUAAUCCCAACAGGCCAGCAUUAGCCAAACCGGGAUAUAGGUAAUUCUAUUUGAUCUUUUCCAAGAUCAACUAUGAUUUGAUCCGUCUGUUUUUUUCCUGAUGUAGCUUUAGUGCUUAUGCUAAUUGUCAGGUGAGAAAGGAGGGUAACUCAGCUCUUAUGACUGGAAGGUUAAUGUCAAAAAUAAUCAUUUCUACAAGGACAUUAAGAAGCCAAAUUAAAGAAUUGAGAA